UCUAAAGCACUGACAACAAUUUCAACAUCACUUUCAACUAAGACGCCAAAUGUUCACAACGAUCCAAAUCAGGUUGACUGUUCACAUUAGGAUAAUCAAUACUUACCGACUGCCUCAAAGGUCUGAAAAAUCAUUUGCAGAGCAUUUAAACACACAUAGAUUCAAUAUGUGGGUUAAAAAAAAAUGCAACGAGUGAGUAUGAUUCUCUGCAUAUGGGUCACAAGCUGACAUGAGGGGGGGGAAACAAGGCUGGCAGUGUUCAAACAAGAACGUAGCACAUAAAAGAAGCCUUCUUGCAACAUAAGUCAGAAUGCUGAGAUUUACAGUCCACAUAAACAUAAUCUUCUUAUGUUCUACUUCCAUAUUACUCUGACUGCUGCACUGGUUACAACCGGGACCCAAACUCCCUCUUUAAAUGUCUCCCUUUGCUGAACACCAAACCAUAAAUUAUUACAUCAUCGCUUAGCUAAAGCUGCAGCUCUGUUCUAAUACAAAUGAACAGGAUGAGCUGCGUUUACAAAGUAAAUAUAAGAAGUAUAAGCUGCUUUUUAUUGUCUCUUUUUUACAUAUGGUUAAUGCACAAAUAUCCUUCUUUUGUCUGCUUUGAGUGGUAACAAUAGAAUUAUUUAACAUCCAAACUCCUCCAUUAUUAACAGGAGAGAUAAACACUAGAAGAGUUUGGACAGUCGACUGUUAUUGAGCUGUGAACUAAUAAUGAAUGUUAAAAAGUCCCAAUUUGUCCUUUUUAAAGAUAUUCAAAAUGAUAAUGAAUUUCUUCACCUAAUUGUAGACUCGGCUAUAAUAGCAUUAUAUGUAUGUUAUUUUAUUCCCAAACUCCCCUUUAUCUGCCUUCUACUUACACUGAGAAGCUUUUAACACACACAUGAAAUGCUCAACUACUUAAGUAUAUGAAUAUGUAGCCUGUUUUAUCUGCAUCUGUGUUAAUGCUAUGUAAGUCUUUCACGUGUACAGUAUGCUCAACUAUGAACUUUGAAAGUGUCCCUCUAAGACCCUGACACUUGUAAAAACUUAAAGCCAGAGUAAUGCUGUGUGGCACAUGUUACUUUCCUCAGUGUUGGUGAAUGUGUAUACAUUGACUGCUUAAAACAGAAGUGGGUUUAUGAGGGGCUCAAGGUAUUUCCUCUAAUCUGGGAGGAGAGUGUUUAAAUAGAGCAGAGAUGGCGUCUGAGAGCCAUAGAGGGAGGAAUACACCAGCUUGGCUGUCUGCAUCCUCACACAAUCUAACACUUAGUAAGACAGUAAGACACACACCUUCACAGGUACCCGGUGUGAGGUUAGAUAUUGAUUCUGACAAUUAAGCCCAUCAUCAGUUUCACAAGUCAACAUGAUUUUUCUAAUGGACCUGCAGAUGAUGCUGCUGGAUGUGAUUUACUUCAUCCUGCGUAACUCUGUACGGGUCGUCCUGCGCCCUCGCACCAAGCCCAUCGAUGGCGAGCUGGUGCUGAUCACCGGGUCUGGUGGUGGCCUGGGUCGUCUCUUUGCUCAGGAAUUCACCAAACACGGGGCAGAGGUGGUGCUGUGGGACAUCAACAGCAGCGCCAAUGAGCAGACAGCCAAGCUGGUGCGGGAGAUGGGGGGUAAAGCAUACACCUACUCGGUGGAUGUUACCAACAGGGAGGAUGUAUAUCGUAACGCAGACCUGGUGAGAAAGGACCUGGGCCGAGAUGUUACGAUACUGGUGAACAACGCUGGAGUGGUGGCCGGUGAGCGCAUGUUAGACUGUCCUGAUGAGCUGAUGGAGAGGACCAUGAAGGUCAACUGCCACGCCCUCUUCUGGACAGUGAAGGCCUUCCUCCCUCAGAUGAAGGCCCAGAAUCACGGACACAUUGUGACCAUCGCCAGCGUCCUCGGUCUUUUCAGCACGGCUUGUGUUGAGGACUAUUGUGCAAGUAAGUUUGCUGCAGUGGGUUUCCAUGAAUCUAUGGCCCACGAGCUGCUGGCUGACGAGAUUGAAGGAGUGAAGACUACUCUAGUGUGUCCCUACAUCGUGGACACGGGCAUGUUUGAAGGCUGCAAGAUCCGGAAAGAAGUGGAGAUGUUUCUCCCUCCUCUGGAGCCCCAGUACUGUGUGGAGCAGGCGAUGAACGCCAUCCUGAUCGAUCAACCUUUGGUGUAUCCCCGCCUCACAUACCUGCCUUUCCUCAGCAGAGCGUUGUUGCCAUGGGAAUCCAAUGUGGUUACAUAUCGUUUCAUGGGAUCCGACAAGUGCAUGUACCCCUUUAUUGAAACCAAGAAGACACAAGUGUCUAAUGGUGCCAUUAUGGUGUCAUAAUCAUACAAGUACAGCGACAACCUAUUUGAGAGCCACAACCUUAGAAGUAAAAUCAAAUGUCAUUUAAAGGGUUUA